AUGAAUUUUCUUCCUCUUAGUUUGUAUUUAUUAUUAUUUGCACUAGUCAAUGUCAACACAUUAGUUCUAUCUAAUAGUAACAGUUCAGGAAAAGGGGUGAGUAAAUCGGAGGGGGGAGAGGGGCUGGAUGUCGUGGUCAAGACCAACCAUUCAGCCCAGUCUGAUUCCACUAAUAAUGAAAUUUCUGACGGCAGGACAUCUAUUAAUGAUGAAAAAAAGGUGAAUAAGGAGGAUUCUUCUGGUAGCGAUAGUUCUGUCGAAUCUUCUGGCAGCGGAGAAAAGGAAGGCGCUAAAGUAGGCAAUAAGGAGGAUGAAGAGAAAAAUGAACAUAAAAGUGAUGAGAAAAAUGAACAUAAAAGUGAUGAGAAAAAUACGCCUGUUGACGAUAAAAACAAUGCUGAGAGUGGCCCUAAAGAACAGACCACUGACGCUGCUACUGGUGACUCAGUGAAACAUAGCGAAUUUGAAGAGUAUAAGAAGGAGGAGGGUGAAAAGGUUGACAAACUUGCCAAGGACGAGCAAGCUAAAUAUGAAGACCUAGAAGCCAAAGUGGCCAAAUUAACCGAAAGUGUCAAUGUUAUUGAGAAAUUUGAAGAGAAGCUGGCGAGUAUCAAACCAGUGACUCAAGAAACCCAAUCAAAAACACAACAGAAAGUACCAGGACAGCAGGGUAAAGCUGAAUCAGCAAAUAUCAUAACAUUUAGUAAAGCUAGUUUUAACUGUCCUUUGGAUUGUACAGGUUGCAGUAAUGGUGUCGGCAAAAACUUCUUUUGCAAGGGAACAAUUUGCAAGCCAUACAAGAACCUAACAGAUUUUUCCUGUGAGCAGGGGUUAACUAUGUGCGGGGUAUUUAAUGUAAAUGACAAUCAGACAUUCAACCUUAUAUCAUCAAAUAGCAGUAGUAGAACUUUACAAUCAUUCGAGGUACAAGGGUCAAAUAUGAAUCCAUGUGUAGAGUUGUUGGUAGUCCCCAACAGCUAUGUAUGUGAUAGGAUGAAUAUAAACGUUUUGGAACAGGAAUCGCAAAAAAUUUUAGAUCCAAACUUUAUCUCCACUAUUUUUCCUACCGGGAUCAGAUUUGACAAUUUGCUCAUCAAUGCCGCCCCUGGCAACUAUAAAGUAUGCAUGGCGCAAUACUCAAAUGACAGCAGAUUGGCAGGAUCAUUCGUAUCUUCCUUAGGAAAUUUAUUCAACAGGUUAUCAAACCCUCCCCCGCAGCUCAUAAGCAUACAGCAAGCCGGCACGAUCAUUCUUACUUAA